ACCCCCAAAGAUACGACGCCGAAUUUAUCCGGCCGUUCUUGACAGGGGCCGUGGAGGACGAACCAACAAAAUUGAUCCGUGUCACGGAGCUGCCCCUUGACUUUGAACUCCCUUCAGAGAAAAUUUCAGCAGCUCAGUGUACCCCCAAAUUACGCCGAGUGCUUACGAUUUGUAUACGCGCAGACGCAGCACCACAGUAGAUUCAGGGGGACCUAUAUAGAGAUCCUGUUCCGGAUUCUAGGUGCUGCCCGUAACACGAUAGUUCAGGAUCGUAUAAUUGGGUACCCAUCAUGCGAUCCUAAACAUGAGUUCAAAAUGACCCCCCAUAAAGCGACAUUCAUAAAGAAACAGGUGGCAGUGUCCGAAGUUGUGGAUGCUAUAAUAAGGCCAGAGCGGCUCAUAGUUCAAUUCGCGGUGGCGAGCGUACCCCACGUUACGGAGGAGGACAUAAAAAAAUACGUAGAGAGUACCGUCGACGUAUUCCCAGCGUAUUUCCUGGGAAGGAUAUACCCGCAGCCGGUCGACUAUGUUAAGGUCAUAAAAGACCUUAACAAAGUCGACCAAAAUAAGUUGACGUCAACGGUACUUGUACAAAAGAUGAACUUGAAACCGUGCAAAAAGAAAUUCAUGGCGAAAAGCCCACAGACCGAGGGCACAGAAUCAGAACUAUUACCGGCGGCUGUCGAGGCCGAAGACGAUCCAGCUCUGGCUGAGUUGGUGGCGUCUUAUCGUCAAUUAAGCCAAAAAUCGCCCAUGACGCCCACGGCAUCAGCUCCAGCUCCUCGGAGCAAAAAUCCCUUUAAUAUCGCCGAGCUGCCGGUAAAACGCCCCAAACUGGUGGAUUUAAUGCCGUCGCCAUCGCUGCCACCGACACCGCCGCCGCGACCGCCGCCGCCACCCAGCACGCAAGCCACUUUGGCAAAAUAUUUUAAAAUUCCUGGGCCCUCCGCCGCCCAGAUGCCGGUGCCCGCCCCCGCACAGAUGCCUGGGCCCUCCGCCAUCUAGAUGCCUGUGCCCUCCCCCGCACAGAUGCUUGGGCCCUCCGCCGCCCAGAUGCCUGUCCCGCCCUGUCACUUUUAAAAUUAGAGAAUAAUAAAACGCUUUUUUUUUGUAGGGGAAGAGGGGGGACAGCGGAUCACGGGGAACAGUGAUUAAAACUAUCUAGCGCCAUCGUUUACACACACAUUCAAACGCCGACGCGUGUUUGUAAACUCGUCUCGACAGGCCCCGCACCGCGCCAGUCGCCCGCGAGCUCAGGCACAAGGAGGGUGCGUUAUCGCUGCCGGUCGAACAACACAGCUGCCUCAACUUCUAGUUUAUCCUUCCCACUACCCAAAACUCAAUCCACGGACCAUAAGCAAUGUAUCACACCAACCAGAAAACGUCCUUUGCAGUCUAAUGCUCUGGUAAGGCUAUAGAGUUAUUUUAUCAAUCUCCGGAACCCAUAGCACGGAAUCUGCCCUGAGGGCCUACUGCGAACCACGUUCGACGUGUUGCCUCCCUAUCACACUUAAUUAUGUACGAAUUUAUAAAUGCGACAGAGAGGCAACACGUCGAACGUUCGCGUUAGGCCCUCUGUCAGAGAAGCGUAGGGCCGCGCAUGUGCAUAUUGUUCUACUCCUAUAUAAAAUAUAUUUUACUUAGGGUAAUUGUCUUCAUAAUGAUGUUUUAUUUUUGCAGAACAUCCAUCAAGACGCCUCCUCUGAAGCAAAUGAUCUUCAAAUUAUAAGUAUAAAUGAAAAAGAUUUGAUUUUUGGACCAGUUUCAUUACAAGAACAAUUAGAAGAAAAUGAAGGGACUGUACUAGUUACAGAAACUCAAUCAAAAUCUGUUCUAGACGAGAUUGAAUCCUUAAAACUUGAUAUAGAAACGGUUAAAAAUGGUAUACAAACAGUCGCCGAAAAUCAAUCGGUAUUAUCUAAUAAUCAAACCACUAUCAUUGCUCAAAUCUCUGAACUUUCAAUUAAAUUAGAAGAAUUUAUAAAACUAUCACUUGGCACAAAAAAAAACCCUGACGAAUCAGGUAGCAUAAAAAUUUAUAAUGAGGAGAAUUUGCAAGAAUUUGAAAGAAAACUUGAGCAACCUGAUUCCAGAAAUGAUCUGUACAGACAAUAUUCUGUUAUUUUAAAUGAAGGAGUAGGUAAGGGGAGAACUAAUGCGUACACCCUGGUCGAUGCUAUGUUCGAUAGAAAAUUUUUCAUGCAAUGUUCAUGGACUGGAGUUUCAAAGGGAGAUGCGACAAAAGUUUGCUUCAAAGGGUUUAAAAAUACAAUUAACUUUUUCUUUAAUAUCGUCCACGAAUCAGAUAAUACUUUUACUAAAGCGCAAUUGAUAAAGUUUUUCAAGACAAUUUUGCGUAAUGCCCGAUACCGGUCUGAGAGUGAACAGAUGAGAAUGUGUGGCCAAAGACACAAGAAAAGGGGUAAACUACAGCAAAAAAGUAGUCUUUCGACUUCUUUGCAUGAUAAUUUGGAGAAAUCCUCCUCAGAUCAAAAUCAAAGAGAGUUGCCAGAUUUGGAGAGCGAGACCAACCUACAAAGUGUACGAGUAACCGCACUGCAAGAAAACGAACAAAACAAGUCCGCAAAUGGUGAUGAUGAAGAAGUGGAUAAUACUCGUAGUUAGUAGUGAGUGAAGCAAUUUUUAGUUUUUUUGAUUAUCACUGUGUGGCCAUAUAACACGAUCAAAAAUACGUAGAUUCUACUCUUCAAAGAAGAAAACUUUUGUUCAAUAACUUUUUAAAAAUGUGUAGUCUUUAGAGUUUUUUUUUCAUACAAUUUAUAUAGUAUUUUGACACCCUACAGACAUAAACAAUUUCGCAAUACGUUACGUCUUCUAGUAAACUUGGGAGGCUUCUAAAAAUUAAACCGCAAGUUAUUAAAAAAAAAGACCAAAAGUUUUACUCUUUGAGGAAAAGAAUCCACGAUUAAGUUUUUUGCUCCUAUUACAGGGCACAUCCGGUAUACAAACGUUCUAGUGUCUUGGUAGAGAUGUCCCUGUAGAAUUAAUUUAUUAUGCUGAACUAAUUUAUAAAUCAGAUAAAACUAAAUCAUUAUCUCAAAACCGAGUUAAUUAGAAUACCUGUUUCUUUGAGAAAGAUACUUAAUAUAAGCUCAGUACAGCACCCUUGAUUUAUAAAUGUUUUUAAUAUCUCCGUUAUUCGAUUGUUAUAGAUAAACCGCUGGUGCGACCAGACCGCAGCUUAAAAAACGGUCACGAUACGGAAUCGCAGUGACGCGUCGUAUGCGUACCGUUUUUGACGCAUGCUCCCCACACCGCUGCUUAAAAUACGCUGACGCACCGUAAAUUGAUCUGCGUAAAAAUCGCAAAAAAUAUUACACGGAGAUCUUAUGGCAGACACCACACCGGUGACGUAAAAGACGCAACUGUUUUGUAAACAAAAAAGAUUCGCGUGAAGCACGUCACUGCGAUUCCGUACCGUCACCGUUUUAUAAUCGUUGCAUAUUUUAAUAAUCGUUUGAAGAUUUUUAUUUGAAAAAUGUUAUACUUAUUAAAUUUAGUACAAAAAAUCCUACUAACGGUUCCUAAACAGGUUGAAUUCUAAUUAGUCCUUGAUACCAUA